UUGUUUUGCUGUCCCCGUCUCUCUCUGUGUGUUAUCUUCCCAACAGGCUCGAAGGCCUGGCAUAUGCGGCUGACCUUCGAACGUCUCUCGGGCGGCUGUAAUCUGCAUCGCUGCAAGCUGUGCGGUAAGGUGGUGACGCACAUACGCAACCACUAUCACGUCCACUUUCCGGGCCGCUUCGAGUGUCCGCUGUGCCGGGCGACGUACACCCGGAGCGACAACCUGCGAACCCACUGCAAGUUUAAGCAUCCGAUGUUUAAUCCGGACACGCGCAAGUUCGAUAACAUGAUGUCGCCGGCGAUGGCCUCGCAGGCGGCCGCCGCUGCUGCCGCCAUUUCGGCGGCUGCGGCCGCUGCCAACAGUUUCAAGUCCGACUUCUCGGCGGCGGCCGCCGUGGCGAAUAGUUUGAAAUCCGAGCUGAAUGCAGCGGCUGCCGCAGCGGCCGCCAACGCAAACUACGGACUGAACCCAUUCAAAGCCGACUUUCCCAUUCCGAAUGCGACGGCCGCGGCGGCAGUAGCGGCGGCGGCGGCAGCUUCCGCGGCUUCCUCCUCUCCAGGUGUAAACUCGCAAAGUGGAACGUCCGACUGAUAUAGAAAAUAUUGGCCUCCCGCCUAUGGCCAAUC